GCGUGUGGAUGUGUGUGCGUGUGCAUGCGUGUCUCUCUCUCUCUCUCUCUCUGGGAAUGUGAGUGCGCGGCAACACCAGAUUUCCUUUCCAUCCCAAGCUUGUCUGUCCUCUUCCAUAUCACUCACAACCUGCCAUCUGACAGCAACAAACCUGCAGUUUUCUCAGCAAAACACUCAGCAAUCCGCCAUAUAGAGAUCUACGCGAACGAGGCGGCGAGGAGGAAAGAGAGAGAGAGAGAGAGACGGGAGGGGGGGCCAAGGAAAGGAAAUAGCAACAACCCCCCCAGCCUACACCCCGAGCUGCUUGACAAAAACAAAACAAACUAUUGAUCCAUCUAUAUUUUUUUGAUAUUUAUUGAUCCACUUUAAAGGACAGUGGCGAGGGGGGUCCAGAGGGGCUUUGCAUCGGAUGUUCCUGGAUGUUCGCAUCAAAGCAAGUCUUGCAACAGUUCAAACAAAACAAGAGCCAGAGAGAAGGGGGAGGGAAGCAGCCUCCCCCCUCCACGACCCCAGCGUAGAUCUUAAAAAGAAUAAUAAGAAUAAGAAUAAGCCUAAUUAUAAUCCUAAGAAUCCGAACAGGUUGAUCUCUCUUUAGAGAAGUGCGAGGGAAGGGUGAUUCUUCUUGAGGGGGGGGAAAGCAGCUGAGGGAAAGGAAGAAGGGGAGGGGGGAAUUAGACAGGCGCGCAUACACACGCACACACGGAGGGAGAGAUAGAAAGAGGCAGAAAACAAGCCCCGCGAGCUGCCGAGCUUUCUCGGAUCUGGGAACAGAAGUGAAGAUUGGCGAAAGUACAGCGAUGCCAAGGAGGAAACAGCAGGCACCCAAGCGGGCAGCAGGUUAUGUCCAGGACGACGAUCUAAAAGAUGAAGAAGACAUAAAGGAGGAAGAAGAGGAUGACAACGAGAGUAACUCAACUGCUCAUCUUCCGGGCAGCAAUGAUCCAGGGACGGAUGAAGAGCAUGACAUUGGGCCCGAUCCAAAAGGCAGUUUUAGCUACCAGAAUUCUCCAGUAAGUCAUAUCUCCAACCAGGAUGCUGAAAAUGAAUCUCUCCUAAGUGAUGCUAGUGACCAGGUGGCUGACAUUAAAAGCGUUUGCUCCAGGGAGGUGCAGGACUCCAAAGCCCACAUCCACCCCAAGCUUCCAAGCGAAGCACACAGCUGCAUGGAUAAAAUGACAGCAGUCUAUGCCAACAUCCUUUCGGACUCUUAUUGGACAGGUUUAGGGCUAGGACUCAAGCUGUCAAAUUCUGAUAAGAGGGGAUGCGACAGCAGGAACGGAGCAAGCAAAAGUGACUUUGAUUGGCACCAGGAUGCCUUGACCAAAAGCUUACAACAGAGCUUACCUGCCAGGCCUGUCUCCAAACCAAACCUUUUCAGCUCAGUUCAGCUGUACAGACAAAGCAGCAAAAUGUGUGGGACUGUAUUCACAGGUGCAAGUAGGUUUCGAUGCAGGCAGUGCAGUGCUGCCUACGAUACCUUGGUAGAGCUCACCGUCCAUAUGAAUGAGAGUGGUCACUACCAAGAUGAUAACCAUAAGAAAGACAAGCACAGGCCUACCAGCUACUCCAAACCCCGAAAAAGGGCCUUUCAGGACAUGGAUAAAGAAGAUGCCCAGAAAGUUUUGAAAUGUAUGUUCUGUGGUGACUCCUUCGACUCCCUUCAAGAUCUAAGUGUUCAUAUGAUAAAAACAAAACACUACCAAAAAGUGCCUUUGAAGGAACCAGUACCUACCAUUUCUUCCAAAAUGGUUACUCCAGCCAAGAAGCGCGUGUUUGACAUCAACAGGCCUUGCUCUCCAGACUCCACCACCGGGUCAUUCGCCGACACGUUUACCUCCCAGAAAAACGCAAGUCUGCAGCUCUCAUCAAACAAUCGCUACGGCUACCAGAAUGGCGCCAGCUACACCUGGCAGUUUGAAGCAUGCAAAUCCCAGAUCCUCAAGUGCAUGGAGUGCGGAAGCUCCCAUGACACCUUGCAGCAACUCACCACUCACAUGAUGGUCACGGGUCAUUUUUUGAAAGUCACAAGCUCGGCUUCCAAGAAAGGAAAACAACUUGUUUUGGACCCAUUAGCUGUAGAGAAAAUGCAGUCGCUUUCUGAGGCACCAGCCAGUGAUAGCCCACAUUCCAAACCCUCCAGCAAUGCAUCAACAGAUUCUACAGCUCCUCAAUCCGAGCUAAAGAAAGAAACUAAGCAAAAUAAAUCAGAGGAGGUCAAUAAAGACGAGAAAGUGGUAAAGAGUGAAGAUUAUGAAGAUACUCUUCCAAAACCAUUGGACCCUACAAUGAAAUAUCAAUACCUUAGAGAGGAAGAUUUGGAAGACGCCUCAAAAGGUGGUGGAGACAUUUUGAAGUCUUUGGAAAACACUGUCACGACAGCCAUCAAUAAAGCUCAAAAUGGAGCCCCCAGCUGGAGUGCAUAUCCGAGUAUCCAUGCAGCCUAUCAACUCUCAGAAGGUGCCAAGCCUUCCUUACCAGUGGGGUCACAGGUUCUACAAGUUAGGCCAACAGUUAGUAAUAAGUUGAGGCCUAUUGCUCCAAAGUGGAAAGUUAUGCCCCUGGUUCCUAUCUCAGCUAACGUGGCCCAAUGUACUCAAGUGAAGAAGGAAGGGGACGCCAAAAAGGAAGUACAAAAGGACUGCCUCAAAGAGGGCAGCAAAACUGAUGCUGUCCCUACUUGUCAAAGUGAAAGUGAAUCCCCUCCUAAGGCCGAGGUGUGCAUAGACAUAAACAAAUCAGAGCUGAGCCCAUUGAAAGAGGAAAGCAAGGCAAAGGAAGAUGAGGAAAAAGAAAAAACAAAACUAAAGGAGUCUGUGUCAACAUCUCUCAGCAAUGGAUGUGCUGCUGUUUCUAACCAUGCUUCAGAGCUGCCUUCUUUAAAUCCCCUGAGCGCCUUGCAAUCUGUGCUCAAUAAUCACUUGGGCAAAGCGAAUGAACCUCUGAGACCACAGUCAAAUUCCAGUCCCAGCACGAGUUCUGUUUCUAUUUUUCACAAAACCAAUUUAAACAUGAUGGAGAAGCCCGUUUUAUCUCCUGCUCCGACGCCUCCGAAACCUGCAAGCGUUACAUCCAGGCGUUUUGUGUUCGAAAACAAUGAUCAGCCAAUAGAUCUGACCAAAUCUAAGAGCAAGAAAGGGGAAUCAAUUCAAGCACAAUCUUGUACUUCCCCACCUCAGAAACAUGCAUUGUCUGACAUUGCAGACAUGGUCAAAGUUCUUCCCAAAGCUACAACACCAAAACCUGCUGUUUCCUCCAGAGUCCCAUCGAUGAAACUGGAAAUGGAUGUUCGGCGUUUUGAAGACGUCUCCACAGAAGUCUCCACCCUGCACAAAAGAAAGGGAAGGCAAUCCAACUGGAAUCCUCAGCAUCUCCUUAUUUUGCAAGCUCAGUUUGCUUCCAGUCUCUUCCAAACAUCCGAAGGCAAAUAUUUAUUGUCAGACCUGGGCCCUCAAGAACGUAUGCAGAUCUCCAAGUUUACUGGACUGUCCAUGACCACCAUCAGCCAUUGGUUGGCCAACGUCAAGUACCAACUCAGAAAAACUGGAGGGACAAAGUUUUUGAAAAACAUGGAUAAAGGUCACCCCAUCUUUUAUUGCAGUGACUGUGCAUCUCAGUUUAGAACCCCAUCUACAUACAUCAGCCAUUUAGAAUCCCAUCUAGGUUUCCAAAUGAAAGACAUGAACAAGUUGGCUGUGGAGCAGCAAACCAAGGUAGAACAAGAAAUCUCCAGAAUUUCAAUUCAAAGGUCUCCUGAAACAAUAGCUGGAGAAGAGGACACAGACUCUAAGUUUAAAUGUAAGUUGUGCUCUCGGACAUUUGUGAGCAAACAUGCAGUAAAACUUCACCUAAGCAAAACACACAGCAAGUCACCAGAACAUCAUUCACAGUUUGUAGCAGAAGUGGAUGAAGAAUAAUUCUUGAGGUAUGCAUGCCUUAACUGAAAAAUUUGUUUCAAUGCUAUGUUUAUCAAAGAAGGGCUCUUAAAGCACUUCUGCUUUCUUAAAUCUACUUAUGUUCAAGGGUGUCAGUUUCUUUCUAGGCACUGGCUCCUCUGUCUGUAACUGCCACAUGAGAACAAUUAGCAAGCAGAACUGCUCCCAUUGCUCUGCUUCUAUGAUGGGUCAAAGCUGUGUUUUCUUCCAUUUUGUUCCUCCAUGCUGCUGUUAAAGGCACAGGAACCUCUGCCGAAAAAACAUAUUUGGCAGCCUUACUUGCUGUUGACACCAUGUUCCAAUUAGCUAACCAACCCAUUAACCUUGCAUUUAGAAAGAAAGCAUGCUGAACAUUUCACUCUAAUGACUUCUCUUAAAACUGCAUUUGCUUGCAAUAUUUUAAGCCUCUGUGUCACUCUUCUGUCCCUCAUCUGAGCGUAACAGCAGAAGUCACAGGAAAUUGGAUGGCGUUGCCAUGUGUUUCAGUGUCCUGUUUCAGAUACGGGAUUCCUCUGCUUGAUCAUAAUUUUCUUACAGUUUCAAUGACUUAAAUGUUUGUUGCUUCUGCCUUUAUUGCCUCCCUGGAUAAUUCAUUAGGUCUCUCUUUAAGAACAUUGUCCAUAUCCUAUAGGCCAAGAGAAACUCCAUGCUAUUCUACUUUGUUUGGAUAUAAUGCUACAAGGAAGGGCCACAAUCAAAUAGUUAAAAAUGUGUCUUCUUCAUUCUAUUGUCAUUUCCUUCUAAAAUGCCUCGGGAUGAAACUAGACAUUAAGCUGAAUGCAUAUUACUGAGCCCGUUUUCCCUCCAGCAUCAGGAUUUCUUCAGAUACCUGCCUCAGCAAUCAGACUUUCAAAUUAAUCCUGUGCUUUACCCUCCAAUGACCUAUCAAGAAACAAAGCAAACUAAAUUAAGUGACAAUUGGAUAUCUUUUACCAAGUGAUGGAACACCUCUUCUGAAAAUGUGCAAAGCAUGUUACUUAUUGUGAGAUAAUAAAGUCAAAGUAUGUGGACAAACUGGGUGGACUGUGGAGAGCUACUGCCACUCCCACCUACCUAUAUGGAUUAUACUGUACCUUUAGCACAUUUUUAUAUGAUGUGCUUCCUCAAAUAGGGGUUGGUUUGUCAUAGCUUAUUAUUAUCUUCAUCUGUGCAUCUGACAUUUAUUAUGCUUUGCUUAUGACUUGCCACUGGAAAGUAAACAUGAGUUUAUUUGCGAGCCGUGAUCCACGAGGCAAGAAGUUCUGAGGAAGCCCCGUUGUGGGAGGGGAAAUGAAUUAACUGUAGGGAAUGCAUGUGUCUGAACUUCUAGUUUGACCUUCAGAGAAGAUUAGCCUUCCCCAACAAUAGCUUUGCCCAUAUGCCAAUAUGGUAAGGGACCAUGGGAAUUUUAGUCAAAAACAUCUGAAGGGACUGUAGUUCGCAGUAGACUCUCCUCAGUUAGAUGGGUCAAGGGUAUCAUAAAUAAAGCAUUCAUAGGACACCAGCUAGGAGGGAAAACUAUAUCUUUGAAAGCAAAUUCUUUGUAAAUGUACUCUAAAAGACUGUGAAGAUACAAAAACUUAUCCACAGUCGAACAUCAAAGCAGGGGGGAGAGAACCUGUUCCAAUUUGAAGAGAUAACAGCAGGCAGAAAAGAUGGGAUGCCCUAAAAUCUAUUCCAGAUAUUCCGAAGAACAGAAGGGAAGCUUCUGUUUUUUACUGCUUCUCUGUGUCUUAAAUAGUUUAACGUACCAUGAAACAAUCAAAAUAAAGCAGUAAAAUAUUGUAAUCAAUAACAAACAAAAACAGCUUUCAAUUUCAUUCUCAGGAUAUUAUCCUCAGAAGAGAGGCAUAUAUUUCCCUCUUUCUCUGCGCAAGAUGAGGAAGCUCAGUACAGGUCCUUUCCUACCAUUUCUUUGAAACGUCGAAAAUGGCUUUGUGUAGGAUUCAGUGUCCAACCUUACCCGACUCUUGAGUCUUUGGCCUAUCUAACCCAAGUGCCAAUUGAAGGCUGAAGCCAGGGAGUGGAUCCAACAAGAUACACUCAGCCAAUUCAUCAUUGAGCAGUUGAUUCAAUGGUCUACUCUAGCUGGAACUAGGAAAUCUAGAAAGAUGGGACAUGCAGCUGGUAUUCUGGGGCUGGGGAACAUGUGGCCCCCAGAUUUUAGUUGUAUGACAACUCCUAUCAUCCUUAGCUCUUGCCCAUACUCACUGCAGAAGCUGAAGAACAAGAAUAUCUGGAAGACCAAAGGUUCUAAUCCUGCCUGUAUAAUUGUACCUGAAGGAGUUGUGGCCUCUCCUGCCUAUUCCAUGGCUGUUUAGUCUUUGUCACCUAUGUUCCUCUUCACAUUUGAGACUGAGAGAAAGCAAAGAAAAUUCUGUCUGAUGUUUUUCACUGGCUGUGACUUGGAUAUUCAUAAUUUUCAGCAUCUGAAUUCUCUAUAUCCAGAAGGCAAUUGAAACUGUUGAGUAAACCAAAGUCUCUAUACAAUACACUGAAAGCCUGUAUUCCAAAUACAUUGGUUAUUUAGUGAUUAUUCUAGACAAACA